UAACUUUUCAUAAAUAUCUUGAAUUAGAAACCGAGGACCCAUUUGCCGAAGGUCAGAUUUUUCUUAUGAGUCUCUGUACUUAUCACUUGAGUUCAUCACAUACACCUCUCAAAGAUUUCAACUUCUAUGAAUAGCUUCAAUUAGAAGACCAAGAAGACAGAGACCCAGUUAAGAUUACUUCUUCCUCUUGAAAAGGUUUAAACUGCUGGAACAGAACAAAGUACAAACCAUCAUCAUGAGUUGCUUCAGGUGUUGUCAGGAAGAUGACGUUCAUAGAGCCACCGAUAAUGGACAAUUCAUGCCCAAUUCUGCUCCAGGCAAUAGUGGAGGCCAUUACGCUAGAGAAGCCGCACCAAGAGAGAUCAGGACUGUUCCUGUCCAACCCAUUGCUGUGCCUGGCAUUUCAAUUGAUGACUUGAAAGAGAUGACCGAUAGUUUUGGCACCAAGGCCUUGAUUGGAGAGGGCUCAUAUGGAAGAGUGUAUCGCGGUGUUUUGAAAACUGGGCAAACCGCAGCUAUCAAGAAGUUAGAUUCAAGUAAACAGCCAGAACAAGAGUUUUUAGCUCAGAUCUCCAUGGUAUCAAGACUAAAACAUGAAAAUGUCGUCCAGCUUCUUGGUUAUUGUGUGGAUGGUCCACUCCGAGUCCUUGCAUAUGAGUAUGCUUCUAAUGGAUCUCUUCAUGAUCUUCUUCAUGGAAAGAAGGGUGUCAAAGGAGCACAACCAGGUCCAGUUCUCUCAUGGCCUCAAAGAGUUAAAAUUGCUGUAGGAGCAGCUAGAGGUCUUGAGUAUUUACAUGAAAAGGCUCAGCCCCAUAUCAUACAUCGUGAUAUUAAGUCCAGCAAUAUACUACUUUUUGACUAUGAUGUUGCAAAAAUUGCUGAUUUCGAUCUCUCUAAUCAAGCCCCCGAUGCAGCAGCCCGACUUCAUUCUACUCGUGUUCUUGGGACUUUUGGUUACCAUGCUCCAGAAUAUGCAAUGACUGGACAGCUGAGUUCAAAGAGUGAUGUCUACAGUUUUGGUGUUGUCUUGCUGGAACUUUUGACUGGCCGUAAACCUGUUGAUCAUACAUUGCCACGUGGACAACAGAGCCUUGUGACAUGGGCUACACCAAAACUCAGUGAAGACAAGGUGAAGCAGUGUGUUGAUGCUAGACUGAAUGGAGAAUACCCUCCAAAGGCAGUUGCAAAGUUGGCUGCUGUUGCUGCCUUGUGUGUGCAGUAUGAAGCCGAUUUCCGUCCAAAUAUGAGCAUUGUAGUCAAAGCUCUACAGCCUUUGUUGAAUCCUCGGCCAGCGCCAAGUCCAGGUCCGCCACAGUGAAGCGCCACUACAAUGAAUAUGAAUUCCCCGACCUCUUUAUAGUGGAAUAUAAUGUUAAAGAUUUGUUUUGUACACAGAAUGGUUCUACUCAAAGUUUUAUUGGUUUCCCUUGGCUUCCAUCAUUUGGCCUCUUAUGGUCGUUACUAGAGCUUUGUAAUUGACAUUAUCAUUCUAUAGAUUGAAUUAUACAAGUGUUGAUUAUGAUGGA